CAGCUUCCUACCAGCAAAUAACACAACAAAUCAAACAGACUCUCUCUCUCUCUCUGCGCGAGUGUCUCUUCUCUAUGGGUUCUUCUACUCCUUGUUCCGUGAUAAUCGUCGGAGCAGGGAUUUCUGGCAUAUCAGCGGCGAAGGUAUUGGCGGAGAACGGCGUGAAGGAUUUGGUGAUUCUUGAAGCGUCGGAUCGUAUCGGUGGAAGGAUUAGAAAGGAGGAUUUCGGUGGCGUGUCGGUGGAGCUGGGAGCGGGCUGGAUUGCAGGCGUUGGUGGCAAAAAACCGAAUCCGGUUUGGGAACUCGCCAAUAAAGUCGGCCUGCGUACUUAUUUCUCCGAUUACAGCAAUGCUCGUUACAACAUCUACGAUCAAAGUGGGAAGAUCAUUCCAAGCGGUUUAGCGGCUGCUUCAUACAACAAAGCGGUGGACUCUGCGAUUCAGAAGUUGAGGAUGCAAGAGGCGAAGCUUCGUGGCCUCUCCACGAUAACCGAACCGCCCUUGACACCUAAAACUCCAAUAGAACUCGCCAUUGAUUUCAUUCUCCAUGAUUUUGAGAUGGCCGAGGUAGAACCGAUAUCGACUUACACAGAUUUCGGAGAGAGAGAAUUUCUUGUAGCAGAUGAAAGAGGAUAUGAGUUCCUGCUCUACAAAAUGGCGGAAAAUUUUCUGUUCACCUCUGACGGUAAAAUCGUGGACAGUCGUCUCAAGCUCAACAAGGUUGUUCGGGAAUUACACUACUCGAGAAACGGCGUUACCGUAACAACGGAGGAUGGUUCCGUCUUCGAGGCAACUUACGUAAUAUUGUCCGUUAGCGUGGGCGUUCUCCAAAGCGACCUCAUUUCCUUCCGACCCCCCUUGCCGAAAUGGAAAACUGAAGCGAUUAUGAAGUGUGAUGUGAUCGUGUAUACAAAGAUCUUCCUCAAAUUUCCGUGUAAGUUUUGGCCGUGUGGACCUGGGACGGAGUUCUUCAUCUAUGCUCACGAGAGGAGAGGCUACUACACGUUUUGGCAGCAUAUGGAGAAUGCAUAUCCUGGGUCCAACAUUUUGGUGGUAACAUUGACGAACGGAGAAUCAAAACGUGUGGAAGCGCAAACCGAUGAGGAGACGUUGAAGGAAGCAAUGGGGGUCCUUAGGGACAUGUUUGGACCUGACAUACCAGAUGCCACACAAAUCCUCGUGCCCCGCUGGUGGAACAAUCGAUUCCAGCGUGGCAGCUACAGCAACUACCCCAUCUUGGCUACCCAUCAAGAUUUUGCCGACAUCAAGGCACCCGUGGUGCCCAUCUUCUUCACAGGAGAACAUACAAAUGAGAGAUUUAAUGGUUACGUCCACGGAGGAUACCUGUCAGGCAUUGACACGGGCAACGCUUUACUGAAAGAAAUGAAGAAUGAGAAGGGAAGCGAAAAGGAGAGUCAACCAUUUCUGCUAGAGCCCUUGCUCGCAUUGACAGGGUCGCUUACAUUGACUCAGACAGACGCAGUUUCUGGUCUCCACAAAUGGGAUAUGGCUCGACAACUCUUUUCCAAUGGAAAGCUUGUCAGCCACGAGGCAAUAAUCAAGUGACUAUAUGGGCCAUGUUGUGAACCCAAUUUUCAUUGUUGGCCAAAGUUGGAUAUAAGUGGAUUGACCAAAUUGUCUCGAGUGCCCUUGGCCUUGGGCCCCAACUCACCCCCAUCCAAUCGUACCCACCAAGUGGAAAUACGAAGACGCUAAUGAAAGAAAAAAAGGAGAAUAAGCAAAGACAGAGACAUGGAGGAAUGAAAUGGACCCUGCUCUCUGUUUAGGGGGUGAUUCUGGUCCGAGUCUGGGUUUGGGAUUGAGGGAAUGGAUUUUUGGAUAAAAGCAUACAACGUGGAGGAAAAAGAAGGCAUUAUAUUUUGAUUCCAUUUGCAUUCUCUCAUCAUCAGGGUAGAUUGAUGCCGAUGUAUUGCAUUUUUUUCUUCAGAGGUGGUUUUUUUUUUUUUCUUCAUUAUAAAUGCGUAUUUAAUUUUUUUUUUUGGAAAUUAUCUUAAUCAACUGGUUACUUUGUGAACUACGAUGUCAGGGGAUUAAAAGAAACAGAGCACACUGUUCUCUGAGUUUCUUGUUUAGCCCAUUUAUAUCAAAAUAGUGGUAAUUUGAACAUGGCUUCUUGUGAU